AUGACGACCGUAGAUGCGACCCAGGCAGCCGACGAACAGUUGCAUCCCACCACGGCCGCAGGACCCGUGGAUGUGGAUGGGAAUGUGGAGGUUGAAAUCGAGAUCGAGGCCGAGGAUGACAGUGCUUCCGAAUUCAACGCGCAGUCGAGAGACGUAUCUCGGUCCCCUGAUUAUGGGCGGGAUGGAGGCUCGCUCUACGCGCCGUCUAGAUUCACCAAACGCCUCGACCUGGGCGUGAAGCCGAAAUUUACCGUGAUUGGGGACAGCAUCAUGGAGGAAGAGAGUAUAGACUUAGCUGCAUCCACAAGAUCCCUAGUCGAGCGCUAUCUAGAUUACAAUGAAGAGAACGGCCGGCGAUACUGCGGCACCUACUACAUGCCCAAUGAUGAGAUUGAGCAAACCCGGUUAUACCUCUCGCACCAAGUCCUGCUCCACAUGUUGGACGGCGAGCCGAGCACGGUCCCCCUCGUGAACCCCAAGCUCAUCCUCGACAUUGGCACGGGCACGGGCGACUGGGCCACACAUAUGGGCGAAAAGUUCCUCCUGCGAAGUCAUCGGCACCGAUAUCUCCGCUAUACAAUCCGCAUGCCCUCCCUACAACGUCCCGACUCCAUCGACCUUGUCCACAUGAGACACCUCGGGGGCGCGUUUCGAGACUGGCGCUUCAUCUACGAACAGGCCUUUGACCUCGUACGGGACUUUUACCUCGCGGGUAUCAAGUGCGGACGACCGCGAGGGAUAGCCCAUAUCGACACCAAGUAUUUGUUGGAGGCGGGCUUUGUUGACGUGCGGAUCACAGACCACUCCAUCCCCAUCUCCGCCUCAACCGGCUCAGCGGGUCGUAUCUGGCUCAUGACCAUCGUCGACGGUCUCGAAGCCUCCUGCCUGCGCCCCUUGACCACGCACAUGGGCUGGGACCCGGAAUACGCCAAGAAAUGCUGCGAAGAGACGGCACACCUCAUUGCCAAGUACGCCAAAGACCCCGAACGAGCCGAGAGCCUAGCCAUCAAGGUACGCACCGUCACGGCAAGGAAGCCCGAUGUCGGUCCCGGCUGGGAUCUAGAGGUGGACGCGGGCGACAUGUACCUGCAGAAUGACAUCUACAUGCAGGCAGGUGGUGAUGCCUCGGCGGAGCAAUUUAGCAUCCUCACCGGGGACACGACGAAAACAUCGGUACCCGAGGAAAAGACGCCUGUCGAAUCCAUCAUUGAUCAUAACGAGACGGCGAAUCCUGCGCAGCACUCAGAGAACGGAAUCGGGGAAAAUGGCGUCGAUACGCACCCGCUUGGUAACGGACAUGAGUCGAUGGCAAGGCGGACAACGAUUACGGCAUCGGACGUCAUGGAUAUUGAUGGGCCUGAGCCUACAAGACUAGCACAAUAG